AUGGCUCUCGAAAAAGCGCAGCUCGGGCCCCUGGGGUGGUUCUACAUUGCCUUCGUUAUUUGUUGGAAUGUCUCGCUCGUUGCUGCUAUGAGCUUCCUCUGGAGGCAUCGCGAGCUUCCUUCCAUACGCAUGCGAAGAGUUCCCCUCCUCUUCACUGGAAUCGCUGCGCUUCAUGUCUAUGGCGCGAUCAGUAUCUUUGCUUAUCCGUUUGGCUCAUACUUUCCCUGCUCUGUCAUCUUCUGGAUGAUGAGCAUCCUCGUUCCUUUUGGUAUGGCAAUGUUCCAGGCCGCCAACACUCAGUUCUUGCACGUUGCAAGCCGACAGAAGCAACUGGCCCAUAUGAGCACGUUGAAAGAUCAAAAGCCGAUUAGUGAGAAGCAGGCCGAGGCGAUCGGUAACAAUCGCUUCAAGAGGAUCGUGUCCGGUGUCGAACGAGCCGAUAGGGUUGGGCGUUCACUGAUCUUCAUCGGAGUCGGUAUGGUCAUUCAGGUCGCCGUCACGUUGCUCGUGUUUCUUGGCUCUGAGAAGUUCCACCCCGGUUUUGGUCUGUGGGAUUACACCGUCCAAGGCACUGAGGCGGAACUGUACCUCAAGUGUAACCAGGGCUGGGAGUGGUGGAUGUCGAUCGUCUGGCAGUUCGUCUGGGCUUGGAUCUACGCUCCCUACAUGAUUUGGAAGAGUAGAGGCGUGCGUGAUGUACACGGCUGGCGUUUACAGACUAUCUGCUGUUGCAUUGCUGGACUCCCAGCAUCUCCUCUUUGGCUUGCAGGCCUCUACGCUCCUUCCAUGAUAGCAGUCGGCGCCUACGUUCCGCCACCUAUGUGGUUCGGGUUUUCCAUCUUUCUUAUGGAGAUCAUCACACUCGGCUUCCCUAUCGUGGGUAUUUUCAGAGCCCAGAGCGUUCGACAAGAGACACUUGAUGCCAUUGCUGAAUGGGAAAAGCGCCAGGCCAUGAACAGUUUCGAUGGCACCCUAGUUGCUGAAGGGUCGUUGAAGAGUCACAGUGUUUACUCUGAUACUUACUCCAAGACUACAACUCUCAAAUCCGGUGGUGACAUGACUGUCAAUUCAUUGGAGUCAUCCAAAUCUGGUAUGCUCACCAUGACAGCACUAGAGAAUGCGCUCCGGACAAACGCAGCUCCCCUUCUAAAAUUUGCUGCACUUAAGGACUUCUCUGGUGAGAACGUCAGCUUCCUUACACACGUUGCAGAUUGGCGAAGAUACUGGUUCACACCCAAGGCCUCCACUGCUGAGCACCGUCGUCAACAAUUUAUUGCCGCAACCCAUAUCUACGCUCGCUUUAUUUCUCUCGAGUUUUCCGAGUUUCCUAUCAACAUUUCAUCCAGAGAAAUGAAACGCCUGUAUAACGUCUUUGACAGCGCAGCUGUCCUUCUCUACCGCAACAAGCGUGGAUCGCUCUCUUCCGAGACUUCCGACUCAGCUACACCUUUCGAUAACGUACAGCCAGACCAUGCCUCUGCCGCCGAAUCACACAUGCCACCAAGUCCGACAGGAUCUACGUUUGGAUUAAAGAACCUGGAUGCACUUGGCCGUGCAAAUCUUCGAGCGGUAUCACGUCUAGAUGGCAUUUACUCAGAAGAGAAGUGUACCGAUAUCGAGAUUCCUGAUACGUUCGCUGAAGUGAUCUUCGAUCCUGCAGAGAGCGAGAUCAAGUAUCUUGUUCUCACCAACACAUGGCCGAAGUUUGUCAAUGCUGGACGCGCUGCAAGCCAAACUAGCAAUGACGAAGAGGCUGGCAAUGGAUGGAAGCAGAAGAUGCUUUGCGAUCGAAACUAA